AUGAAGACGACGGCAUUGUCAGUCAUUUUGCCCAUUCUACUGUUAACACAAAAUGUGCAGUCCAAAUUUCGCAAUGAAAGUGAGUGCUGAUUUUGGUUUCUUCAAUGGUCCGCGUUUCAGUUGUCUAAAGUCACAAGGCGUGCUACGCCGUCUCGGUAUCUCAGAUGAUAGAAACUUAAGGCAUUUGGAUUGGAACUUAGAUACGUAAAGCGUGAUCUUCAGUUACCAGCAUUUGGGUUUAACUCCACUGUAUUAAAUUUCACAGACCACUAAGACUAUGGCAAGAAUAUUUAGCAUAAAUGCAAGGGGAACACUCAAAAAGAUGAGAUGAACUUGAAUAACAAUUUCCCGUUGACCCUGAGACGAUCUGCGUUGCCAACAUCUCUCCUGUUCUCUCAUUGGAUGUGGAAGGUCUUUUCAUCCCCAGGCAACUCGAAGGGGGCCGUUGAAAAGUGCCUGGAGCGGCCGAAGUAUUCGGUCACAGAUGGCAAAGAAGCGAAUUAGAUUGCCAAAUCUUCCUCGCAAUAAAACCGGAAAACAGACGGACAUAAUGCGGCUGGGAAGACGGCCUCAAUGGAUUGCCGUAGGGGUGUAGGAAUUUGGUGGAAUUUUCGUUGAAACCGCUGGUGACUGGGGGGAACAGUUCUCCAGACGGUGGCGUAGUGGCGCCCGUCACCAGUGAAGCAGCAGAGAAAGAGAAUCGGAUUGGAGGGAGGGGGAGGUUGAUUAAACUUCAAGAAGCACUAGGAGAGGUGGUCGGCCCGAUGUAACAUAUCCUCCAUGGUGUGUAGUAAUGUGAUGAGUUGGCCUUUAAGUCGCUCGAUCUUCCAGUUAAGUGCCAAGACGUGGCUGGAUCCGAAUGCAUCUUCACAAGUUGGAGGGGGGGGGGGAUCGAGAGAAUUGGGACUCGAACUGGGCGGGCAAGAGUAGCCUUGGAGAAAACAUCGAGAAUGGUGAUCCCCACGGCUGAAGAAUGUCCUGAUCACAAACGCCGCUCAUACGUUUGACAAGAUGAUAAUAUGCGGCCUCUGGGAGAACUGGUCGACGUAGACGCGGAGUUAGGAGCAGUCACUAGACAGAGACGGGGGUUUCACGGUGUCCAGGUGCAUAUGACUGAAUCCAGAACCGAGGAUGAGAGAAGUGUCCGGUUUAGCCCGAUUAUCGCAGUGGACUUUGCUGUGCUGGCGUCUCAACCAAGUCGAAGUACAAGCCUUGAAAUUCUUCAUACCGGGCCAGAUGAAACUGCCAACGACCAUCUCAUCCUUGGUUCGGCUGCCUGGAUGGAGGAGGUGGUGAAAGGUGAAGGAGAUCGAUCGGCGUGGGGAUCGGAGCACAAACGGACGGUAGAACGGGAUGAUGUUACCCCAGAGGAUGGCGCCAACGUUGGUCAUCACAGGGAGGCCCUGGAAUUAGGGACUGGGCACAAACUCAUUGUCUGAAAUGAUGAAAAGUUAUUGUUCUAUGGCCAUGACUCUGAGGUGGAUUCAAUGAGUCGGUUGCAGUGUGAAGAUGGUGGACCUGAAAAAAGUACCCGUCACCUCACUCCGCGCUCCGUCAAAAUGGCAGGCAUCAGAGGAAAACCGGGAGAUGUAGUCCAGUUGGCGGAUUUUCCGGAGAUUGAGCUUGCCAGGAUACAGGCACAGGACUGUAGAUAGUGAGGUUCCUGCCUUUAAGGAAGUUCUGAAAGUGCUUCAGUGAAAUGUAGACGGCGAGUAGUUGGCGGCCGAAUAUGCCCUAGCAAGUCACGGCAGGUAACGGCCUUGUGGUUAAAAAAGCCUAAGAGUUGGGUAGAACAUGCGACGCAGUGUAUUGAUACGGUACUGUCGGUAGCUCUGGAGGCAUCUACUACCACGAAAAUGAGUGCGUCGAUAGGACGAGUGCUCUGUUCCCGUAAUCUCUGACCCAAGACAACGUCGGACGACGUGACGGUUUCACCAGUAUGAAAUUUCGUGAGUAUCGUUUGACUUAGUUUCAAAAAGCCUCUUCUGUUCAAUACACGAACCGAUGCAUUUUUGUCACUUCAUCCUCCGCGCAAGUUCGUUGGAUUCGCUGUUCACUUAAGGCACACUUUGUCCAGCCGUCACCAUCUAUUAUUGUGAGUCCUUUGAUACUGGAAGCUCAGUCGCGAAAGCUUUUUUGUGAAAUCAACACUGACUACUUAAUCUGACUUGAUUUGUAGUUCACUUGCGGCUAUAAACGCGACUACCCGGUUAACCUAUCUCCUCCCCGACAAAAUUUGUUAAUCGUUUAGACCGAGAAGCAUAACCCCUGCUUAACUCAGACGGUUUUCUCGCCUGACAAAUUCGGAUCUCCCAGAGUUAAAAAUAAUCCCUUUCAUCAUAAAUGACCAAAAACUAUAAGAAUUAAUAAGCACGCUCCUUCUAGUUGUCAAAUGUGUGUUCGGAAAUCCCGAUUCAAGGGGUAUCCCCCACCACGAACUAUAGAUACGAUCUGAGUGUUUUAUUCAGAAAAGGAAGGUAGCAUCUACCUGGGUUGUUGUGCCUGCCCGACUCUGUCAAAAUUUGAACUUUUCGUUCCCUUUCAGGCGCGCAUUGGUCUCCCUCCGUGGAAAGCCCCCUGGUAAGCUACCUCCUCAAGAAGUACGAUGAGAUCGGACACAUCGGCAGGCCUGUGCGUAACACCAGCAAGAGGGUAUCGGUUGCCUUCGGUCUUUCCUUGUUUCAACUGAUGGACCUGGACGAGAAAAACCAGCGACUGACUCUUAAUGUCUGGAACAAAAUUGUAAGCCACUCCCUGUGCUCUAUGUUGCCUCAAACCCGCAAAUCGAUGGCAUUUAUCGCAGAACGAUAUUGCCUUUGCUGUAGAUAAUGGUGGUUGUGCCGGUGAUGGUGAUAGAGGCGGUUGGUGUGGUGGUGGUAUUAGAAGUAGUAGUGUCGUGAUAGUAGUAGUAGUGGCGGUGGGUAUGCAGGCCAAUAAAUUGAAUAUUUUCCGGUCGAAUGUGGUUUUGGUAGCCCCACUUGAAGUAAACAAACCCCAAUCACCUCUAAUACGGCACCGGUGGUAAUAGGGGUUUUUACAGGUGGAGUCGGGUAACGCACAGGAGACGAGGUCAAGUAGUUGUAUGCAAAAUAAAAGCUAUUGGGAAUGCGUGGUUGCACUUUAAGCAGUUGAGAAAUAGUUGCACUAACCCCCAACCCUAAUCCCUAACUACAACUCCCUAAUCCUAAACCCUAACCCUAACCCGUAACCUCUACCACAACAGUAUUGUGUCCAUCGGGUGGGGCUACCAAACCACAUCUUAUCUAUUUUCCUUCAGCAAAAAAGUAUAAGUAGAUUCCAGUAUUUCCCUGUUCGAAUUGAUGAACCCGGACGAGGAGAAUCAGCGACUAACUUUUAACGUCUGGAGCACAAGUGUUAGCCACGCGUUGUGCUUUCUGUUGCCUUAACCCCGCAGAUCGAUGGCAUUUAGCAUAGAACGAUACUGCCCGUGGUGGUAAUGGUGGUGGAAGCCUAUUUAUAGCACCCCCCCCCCCCCCACCGUCAUACAGGCCUCGCAUAUUUGACGCACUGCGACGUCUUUGGGAUGCAGCGAAAAUCUCCUCCUCCGACUAGCCGAAAUCGGGUGCCUCAUAAGAAAGCCCAAGUUCUGGCAGGUUUCUGCGCCAGUUUCGAAGUCAGUAGCGUCACUUAUUCACCAGACGAAUAAGAAUAAUAAGGUAGUGUGUGGGUGUGUGUGGAAGAAAAGAGUGCAACAAGAAUGCGUGGAAAACUUCCCAGUGUACAGUAGUCAGAGUAAGGAGUCUUUCGACGUUAGAUUGCCUCUGCCCCGUCUCCCGACAGCUGCACCCGAUUUCGAUUUCCUGGACUGACAACGCGAUGUACAACCCAAAGUGGACAUUCCAAUCUUGUCCGCAUUUAUUGGCGAAAAUUCUCGUCACCCUAAGCAGCACUGGCUGCAGUGGUUUCUAGAAGUUUAUUCUGUUGAAUUCUAGGAUCUUUGUAUCGUCAAGUUAAACCUAGAAAAACUACUGACCAACCGAACAGACGUUUUCUUUCUAGACUUGGCGAGACGAGGUGCUAACCUGGAACCCAAAGGACUUCAUGGGAUUAACAACCAUUCGUCUUCCUGUAAAUCUCAUCUGGACGCCUGAUAUAGUGCUUUAUAACUAGUAAGUCAUACUGCAAUCUGGUCAGAAGAAAUUUGUUUGUUUCACUAAAGAAUUUGGACUAAUUUGAAGUGCACGAAGACGUAGAGUCGUCUUCCCAACCAAAGGCGACUUCGGGAUGAGAGGAGUUGCAAAUGUAAGAGUGCCGACGAUGCGUGGAAACAAAUCUGAUGAAAUCUCAGCGAUAGUCCAACCGUUGCACGCGAGAUUUUCACCAUGCUCCGGGUAACAAGGCGUGCUCAAGAUAGUGACUAGUCCCCGAAUUAGCCCGUGGUAACAACAGGCUUGCCCAGCAUUUGCCACACACUCCCUCUCCUCUACCAGCCGGUGCAAAGGCAGAGUCAGGAUGACUGGGAGUGGAUGUGGUCGCAGUGGUUGAAAAGCCUGGACAGUCCGUCUACGCGUGCCACGCACGACAUAGUCCUGGUGGAUAUAUCAAGGUGGGUGUGAGGACGCGGGCGCCAUUUCAAGAACAGUAAAAUUACGGAUGCGAAUUAUCCACUUGUCAAACGGUCGGUAGUAAAUUAUUUUGGCCGUACAUUAGCCUUGAAAAUCAGUCGACCAAAUUCAGAUAACCCAGGCAGUCUUUUGCACGAAUGAGGUCAACGUGGGCUCAGAAGACUGAGACGAUGUCCCGAUGAUAUCAAGCCUGUAGUAGCGGUUGUGCAACUAUUUACAUGUGAAAGGGUGUUUGAGGAUUUUAACUACACUUUUGAAAGUAUGAGAGCAUAUUCUGAUUGGUAAGUGAGUGUCUGUAUCACGUUUAUUCUAUACACCACGCCCUGAUAGGAGACAAUGCAAUGAUGUAGGUCGUCGUCAGGCAGGCCCCGACUUUAAGAUCAAUCGGUGGUGAAUCCUUAAUUGUUCCCGCGGUAAAUCUCGGGAACGGGUUAAAUAAGGAUUGUUUUAAUUGCAGUAUGUUAUUACCGACAAAGACAAGCGAUACUGGAAUGGCCAUUUCUGGCUUAUUAGCCGGCGUCAGCCAGUCAUACCCAACCCCGAAAUAUGGAACACCCGAGCCUCGAACUCGCGACCUGUUUGUCCACGCCUCUAACCACUGGGCCACGAUCCCUUUGCCCUGUCGGUUUCGAUCGGGAAUAUACAACGGUAGGGGGCGCUCACCGAUCGUUUAUACGGUAUUCACUCGUUCCGUUGUGCCUAACGGGCUCUCUCUCUCUCGAGCCCAACCAGCAGUCGCACAGCGGCGCAUGAUAUAGCAAGACAAAGCCAUUCCAGUCUCCCUUGUCUUUGUCGGUAAUUACAUUCUACCUAUAUCAUGCGCCGCUGUGCAUGAGCGUCCCCUACCAGUGUUUUAAUGGCUGUGUUCAGACGUUAUCCCGAGGUGUGCGUUCGUCUGCGCAGUGACAAUGUAGCCCCAAACGGAGAACCCAGGCCAUUAGGUCAAUAAGGUAACCGGAAAGAAAUAGCUAGAGGGAGCACAUUCUAUCAGUCGCCAGGUUUGGGACCAGUUACUUGAGCCAUUGUGAUUACUAGCAGAGUUCGUUCAGCUAAUCGAAAGUUUUUCGUGAAGCCCAACGCCGAAGAAAGCAUUGCAGGCGUUGUUGGAUUACAUGGAGAGGCCAACAAGCUUAGGCAAACUACGAUGCAUCGGCGUAAGUUGUUCUCCAUUUAAAUUUUGAUGUCCUUAUCUGAGGACUUUAAACCACCUCGGCUAGCAGGCAAUCCUUUGUUGCCUCCGCGUGACAUUUAUCACUUUUCCAGUGCUGACCUGCGCCUCCGAGAGCAGAGGGACGUCCUGGUGGCUGUGGACUAUACAGGCAUGGCCUUCUGGAGUCCUCCGGCCAUUUACAAAUCCACCUGUCGCAUCGAGAUGAAGUACUUCCCCUUCGACUAUCAAGUCUGCUACCUACGCUUUGCCUCCUGGACACAGGACAGCCAGAAGCUGGACCUCACAUUUCACGAUAAUCGUUCCGAAGUCACUUUGGAGGAGUACAAAAAGAGCAAUGAGUGGAGCAUCGUGGCCCGACCCGCGAUAAGACGUCUGUUUAAGCAGACCUGCUGCCCAAACCAGUGGCCUAGUCUCAUUUUUUUCUUGGUGUAAGUCACAGUCCAUUCAUUUAGGUUCGUAGAUUGCUGGUACUAGGCUAGUGCCUGCGUUUGGAAGUCUAAACUGACAUGCUCGAGUCUGCGAACAAGACUCUGGCACCACAACUGGAUUCUGAGAAAGCCCGUUACGCAUCCCCUAAUUGAUCUGUCGGUACGCUUGCUAGCCAGCCGUGAUCCUCACCGGGCUUAUUGCAGCUAGUGGCAACCGUUCCCUUACGCAUACAAAUUCAAUUCGCUGAUUGGUCCUCAGUCGUCCAAUCAACGGCCAGGAGAGAGCGUCCACCGGUUUGAUGCUUUCGCGGCGAUUUCCCGUCGCUGCGACGCCGGUGCUCGGCAGCGGCGGAGUUUUGCUACCAGUUUCGUUUUUUCCCGUGCGCAGUUUGAAAACUCGACUUAAAAUGUGUCUCAAACGAGACCCCAUUAGCACGCCUGAGAAGGAAGUCAAAAGGCCCGCCUGACGUUGUCUUUCGCAAGCAGGGUGGCGUGAACAAUGUCACAGGCCUCUUUGAGUUCCUGACUUUCGGGACAGCGGCAUUCGGAGUUAGGACCCACACUCCGUGGUUCGACCAUCGGCAGGUCAGAUAGCAGCUUCGUCGCCGUUAUUUGCGCCGCAUAAGCCAAAAAUGUGUCGACUGAUUAAGAAAUGAUCCGCUAGCAGACUGACGGAGAUUAGAAUUCCGACUACUUUAACGCGUUCCGAUACCCUGUCGUUGACUUGAUCCAGUACAAAUCGGACUCACCGUCGGACACAUGACGAAGUGGACUCGGGUUCAUUUUGCUGUAUUUCCGACCGGAUUGAGUUGACCAUUCUGGUAGUAAACGUGGCUGAGAGCUUAGCAACCACCAAAGAUCCUGAAUAGAAUUUCCUGUCCUCGCAUGAAUACUUAAUUCUGACAUACGCCAUUAUCUGCGUAACAUGACGAUAUGCCCAAUGACUCCAAUGGGGCGAGACCAAAAGCAAAAAAAGUUAAACCGUGGGUCUAUUCUUCUCUGGCCCGUAGUAGUGGGGUUCACUGAUCGCUCUCCAAUCAUCAGGUUGAUAGAUGAUCCUGUGUCGAUUUCGGCCAGAGGAACUGCAGACGCCACUCAGGUAGAGGUUGAAGUACUUGUUCACCGGCGAUAUGACUCCGACAGUUGAUCUCCUCUGUACUGCUCACACCACAGGCCAAAGCCACCUGAUGCGUACAGGCGCCCUGUUUCAUGAAGUUAGUCUUCUAAUCAGUAAAAUGACGGUGACUAGACGCAAGUAUUCUGCCAGCGGCCGUCACAUCAGCGCCAAGGGUCCUCGAGACCACCGUGACCCAGGGAGGUCCAACUGGUCCUGGCUUAUUCAGACGUGUUGCCAAACCCAGGGGGAAUCGUUUCUAUCCCGAAGAAUUCCUUCACUGAGGACGUAGCCAGCCCUUAUGUUCUCAAGUGCCAGCAACUUUUCAGAUUUCCACUGUCGCGGACGCGUUCAAUGUUAUCCCUGUCCUGCACGUUAGUUUUGGGAAAGUAAUUUUUGAACUCUCUCGCCUUACAAGUUUACUACAAAGACAGUUUGAAUAAACGGCCCGUAGAAAAGGAUCCCAGUCUUCGGCUGAAGGGUGUGCAGACUAGCGGUGGCCCGAUACGAACACAGAGAAGUUGGGGUUCUGACUGUGCUUAGAAUUGUAUAAUUCACAUCGACCCAACUGUGAAAAACUCGGCGCCUCAGUGGGCGUUUCGAACGCACGCAGUACGGGGAAGGCUUUAGUACAGCUAACGUUCUAACCACUUGAGCUAAGAGGCCCCGCUGGACGUCGCGAGUUUUUUUUCAAAAUCUGCCAAAACAUCUACGAAUUACGUAAGCCUAGUAGUCAUCUGGUGGAUUCUAGGUGAAUUACUAAGGAAAUCCUGCCUGGGCAGUCAGCUUACUGUAUCAGAUUUGGUGGAUUCCAAUCGUUGCAGUAAGUUGGGCGGGUAAUUUGACCCAAAUGUGAUUAAACUCGUGUCGUCCGGCGCGGCCUCGUAGCUCAAGUGGUUAGAGCGUUGGCUGUACUAAAGCCUUCUCCUUACUGCGUGCGUUCGAAUCCCACCGAGGCGCUGAAUUUUUCACAGUUGGGUCAAUAUGAAUUAUUCAAACUCUGCCAAAACAUCUUAGAAUGACGUUCUCUGCUCGGUAAGGCCUACUUUCCUCUUUUCUGUCCCCCCCCCCUCCCCCGAAGGCUGAAACGAAACUCCUCCUUCUACGCCUACCUCCUCGUGCUUCCCUGCUUACUGCUGGCGUGUCUGAAUUUGGUCGUCUUCUGGCUUCCGCCGCAGGUUCCUGCAAGAAUGAUUCAUGGUAAGUGGGGUCACAAAUCCUGUUACGGUGCUUUCCUGCAUUCGAAAACAUCAUGCGACCGGAGCUUUCUGGAAUAGCAGACUGGGUGAUGGGGGACGAGACUCCGGUCAGCAGUACAUUCUCGACGGCGCCGACCAGAAUGUCAAGUGUGCGAAAGUCUUGCCUGAAGUUUACCGUCGUGGACCAGCGAUGAGACUGACAAACCUGAGGCGCCUUGUUCAUCUACUAGAACUGACUGCAUGGCACUGUGUUUUUAAGGGCUUCAGAUCUUUUUGGCAAAAGAAAUGGCCAGCGGUACGACAAAAACUGUCAUAACGUUUAGUACCUGCCGAAUGUCUCGCGUUGGAAUCGAAACUGUGCCUUUAAUACUGGGUGCUGUACCGGAGAAUAGGAAGAUAAAGUACAUAUUUUCUCAGACUGUGUAGCAGGCUCCCUUGUCCUUGGGAGUCCCUCUCGACGCCUGAUAUAGCCAUACAAAAUAAUCCCAUACUGUUUAAGGUGUAGUUGUCCGUUUAUUCUCGAUGCGCAUGCAAUGUUACUCAUUUACUGGGAACAGCUAACAACCUGCUCACAAAUUACAAAAAAGGUGCUGAGUUUUAUUUGGCUUUAUUAUUUGAAAUUCGGAAUUUUUUCGGCCUGGAAGACUUCUAUGAUUUUAUGACACUGCUGAGAUCUUUAAGGUGGACAUAGGGUACUUCAACGAAAUAUAACGACUUCUCGGGAAACCGUUUUUGAAUCUAUGCUCAGGAUUUAGGCUGUCGCAAAACCGCCAUACCUGAUAUUACAUUAAUUCUUAGAUGAUAUUUGGAUUUAACUGUCACCAAGAGAUUAUUUUUUGGUUUAUUUUACUUGUACUUUUAGUAUCUACUCGUUUUUUGCAUGGACAGGCAUUCUCUCAAGCUAAAAUCAGAAUUUAUUCAAUUACAACCAUUUUCGAAAUUUUUCGCCCUUCUGAAAAGACUUAUAUUUCUAGACAACGUAGUGUUACCUCUACUACUUUUUUGCGUCCCCAAUUUCCUUAAAGUUGUUCUUUGCUAGUAUAGAUAUUGGGUCCAUCCAUUUGUGCCAGUUUAGAAGUGGUUAGUUAUCAUUCGUCAAUUCCGACGCCUUCCAUCUGUUAGACCACUUACUUUGCGUGAUUUGGCGGCUCGUAGUUCAAUUGAUUUUCUCCAUUUCCACAUUUAAUUUAUGUGGUUCUUCGGCUAGCCCGUCAGAUAUAGGUGUUUUUCCGAACGCACUUCGAUAUACGGGAGAUGACCAACAAACACAAGGGAGCCUGAAAUGGCUAUUUCUGGCUUACUAGCUGUCAUCAGCCAGCCAUAUCAAGCCCCAAGUUUAGAAAUGGAGACCUUUACCCAUUGAUUUAAGUGCUCAAGCAUUGAGCCACAGUCCCGUUGUUCCGUCGGUUACGAUCAGGUACAUUAAUUUUCGUAGGAAAGAGCCCUCACUGAUCGCGUUGUGAGGCCUGCUCGUCCCAUUGUGCUUUGAGGCCUGAUUGCAAACCGACCAGUCUAAUAUAAAGAUGGGGAUUUCCGGUAAGCUGCUCCGAAGCAAUCGCAUCCGCUCGAAAAAACUCUUUUCCUUACUGCUAGACAGACGAUGUGGACUUCCGCUCAAUCCGAACUCUUAUAUCACCCUUCUAGCACAGUUUCCAAUAUUCGAAAAAUGAAGUCUACUCCCGCCCAGGUUUCCUAUUUACCAUGACAUUAGCUGGCUUUAAUUAAGUUAAAGUCGAGGUUUCGGGGAAGGAUGUCUACGAACAAAAAAACAAAGCUAGUUCCAUCCUUCCCCCUCCCUGAAAUUAUGGUUUGCUCAGACAGAACUUGGUCACAAGGUAUGCAGCUCACCCGUUCCCGCUGAGCUGUUCUAACCCGCAUGGGCAUAUUUGCAUGUUGUGUGCUGGAUCGACAUUUGCCUUUUACCAGCUCGAUCAAACCUUUGUUUUUUACUUAUUAAAGGCAUGAACAUAUUUGUCGGCUUUUGUAUCUUGCUGAAAUUCCUGACGAACGCAACACCAUCGGCGUCCAACACUAUUCCCUACCUUGGUAAGUAAAUACCUUGGAGAAAUGCCAGUGUUGACAAUAGGUGUGCCAGUUCAUAGGAAUUCGAAUGGUGACAAAAUUUAAAGAACUUAGCUGCCAUCAAUACACCGCCUAGAUCUAUCAGCGAAGUGUGCGUGUGUGUGUGUGUGAAGAUUGGCCGGCUCGGACGGUCGAAUGGUGCCCGGGAAGGGGUAGAACAAGUGAGGUCGACCUUCAGCACAUAAUUUCUCACUCGCGCUCGAAGCCGUCAGGGUGCGCUAGCAGCCGUGGCAUGGAGGGUUGCCAAUUGAAGAUUCCACUCAGGCUACGCAGUCAGUCCAGUGUGUGCUUGUGCGUCGAGUGGCCGACUACUGCAUGGGCCUACUAGAUCACUUGCGUAUCCAAGGAAGCGGAAUUUACCGUAACAUCGACGCAUCACGCAUACCUUACACACUCAACGACUCCAGCCCUACCAACAAUCCAUCCACCGGCGCGGCCGCCACUAGCAGCAAUAACAACCCCAACCGGCUCAACAUCUCCCAGCCUAUCCUGUCCACACUGCCACCGCACAUGCGUGUCACGAAUCGGCUUGGUGGGUCAUUUGGUUCAACCAACCAAUGUCAAAAGGCACUCGUCAGCAUCGCCUCAGCUUCCCGCAUUGCCCUCGCACAUUCAGCUAUCUCAUGAGCCUACUCGGUCCCAUGCGCCUCCACGGAAAUAUGCGGUAAAUCACCACAUAUUUCCCCACCAACGCAUUCACUAAACAUGAGCACCUCUAACAUCGCACAGUGCAGGAACCUCACACGUAAGUUAGUAGUGAGUGCUUCGGCCCCUUCCCCAUGUGGCUCCUCUGCUACAUGUGUGGUGUGAGCAGUCUGACCUCUGUGUAAAAUCCUGAUGUGUGUAUGUGGGGGGUAAGGUCGUGUGUAUUUUGCGCGCAGAUGGGCUAUGCUUAACUCUUUCAGCCACCACUCCCAGCUAAUUGGUGCACGGAGAAGGCUAGAGCGAGUGAGGUUGGCUUUGUGAUUGUUCAAACAGAAGGUGCCUCUACUUGCCCCUUCAAUUGCGUUUGCCGUGCCUUAUCUCCGGCAGCAAUGAUGUAGAAUCGCAAACAGAAUAUUUCCUAAUCUUUUGAAUUGAACAAGAUAUACUUGGAGAGAGAAUUUCAACCUUACAGCGUUUCCCGUCAUAUUUGGAAACGGAGACUGGGAUGUCCACUUUAUCGAGUUAUUUUCAUAAACAGUCAACAUCCAAUCAGGUGGUUCCUUUGGUGGCUUGCUGACUCGCAGAGGGGAGGUCUACUGUCAGGCAGGUCUGAUCACACGUAUCUUCUCUGGACGCCAGUGAGGGUGGCUGUUGGUAGGCAGAACCCCUAGUCAGUACUAUCUGUUCUAUGAAGCUACCUUCGUCGAGAUGAGCUUAAGAGUUGUCCAUGUAGAAAGUCAUAUUUUGGGCUGUCGCACAAGGACCUGCUUAUAGAAUCAUCCUAGGGAUAAAUGAGAAUAAAUUCUUUCGCUUUUCGACUUGGGAGGGAAACUGUAUACAUCCUUUUACGCUCCUUUUGUGGAAAGUUUUAACGGUUCCAAACUGCCACAUAAGAGGAGAAGAGCUAGGCCAGUGCUAAAAGGCGUUGUUGUAAUCAAGUACACAGUUUCCAAAAAGCCAGCCGGUUUAUAGAACUAAUAAAACUCUAUGGUUAUUUUCAUAGGUCAUCAAGCCGCAAAUCACCACAAAAGUGGGGAAAUUCUUCAGGUGAAUCUUUGACUCCUAAAUCUAGUCAUUCUCACCUGACUUUCCACAUGAAAACAUGGCUCUUGAUCAAAGUGGAAUUAAAGAUCAAGGAAUUGACAGCCCAGCGCCUGUCUAAUAAUAUCAGAAAUGCGGUUUGAGGGAAGACUGUGAAAGCUCAGCAAGAUUUCCACCACCCUCAACUCUGUAUUCAUGUGUAUGCAAUGUCCACGAGCUAUCAAUUAAACUGUUCUGGUUCCUUGCGAGGCUUUGUUUUGUCAUGUUCCUUGUGCUGACAUUGUGCAGCUCGGAUCACUACCUAUCUUUCUUGUCAGACCAGCUAUCCGGAUAAAGUUUGGUUUAUUUGAGGCGCAGGAACCAGGGAGUGCUCUACACGCAAGAGAAGGAAUUGAAUACCGCCGCGUAGAUAUUAAUUGACAGAUCAUGGUAUAUCGUGAUUCUGUCGAUUGAUUAGGCCGUGACUCAUUCUUAUUCCUCCGAACAUGUGUAUAACGUGCGCGAACUUUGUUAUAGUCUUGAAAACAGCUGCGUAGCAACUGAGUCUUAGUUUUGCGUACUAGUUUGGUUAUACUAAAUUUCCUGGUGGGAGAACUUUUGGCCUUUGAUGAAGUCGAACCGCUGAUCUGUGAAAUUUCAGUCGGAUGCUCCGCCAUCCAACCAACCGUAGACCGCCUUUGGUCUCGCGCACUUCGAUAUUCCCGUAAUUUCGACUGGAUAAAAAACCCCAUGUAGUCUGAGUCGAAUUUGUACUGGGGUUACCAAGCCAAACCCUUAUCGGAGAUGAAUUGCGAUAUGCUCCCCGAAAUAAUUCCGACUAUUUUGAUAAAGAGGAAGUAAUAAACCAGGAAAUCUCUGCAGUGGGACAGAGUCGAACUCUCGUGCUUUGGAAAUCUGGCUGAGUGCUCCGUCAAGCAGACGGUGGUUCGUCUUCGUCACAGGAGGCAAUCUGCCGGUAGUGGGAAGUGUCCCAUAAUUAAAAGCGCCUCCUGGUGCUAUAUUUAAUGACUAAACUACUGGACCAUAUGCUAGUCCUUAUCAAUCCUAACUUUUGAUCGGUAGGAGACGGUGGUAUGAACGUCCUGUAAUACAGGUGGCCUAGAGCUAAAUUCAGGGAAGGGUCAAUAAAAGCGAAGAGACGAGUUUCAGGAAGUAGUCUUGAAGAAGGAGACACGAUCGCUGGGAAAAGAGCUUUAUUAGCCUUGUGAUAGGGGUAGCAUGGCGACUGCAUCCUAUAAAUACAGUAGCCGCUUGUGCAUGAACCACCUGUAUCUGCUUUUGUCUCUGAUGAUGGGUUCGAGCAGGAAUCUGAAACGUCAGGCUAAUAAAGCUCUUGUCCCAUCGAUCGUGUCUCCUUCUUCUGGGAAGGGUGCCUUUUCCUGUGUCCUAGCACUGACCGUAGCCUAACCCUGACCUCAAUUCAAACCUUGAUCUUGAUUCUAACCCAUAUCGCCCAGAACUUUAACGCAAGGUCACCUGCAUUAUGGGAAAUAUUCUCAUGCCUUCAUCCUACUCAUUCAUCUUCGGGGAUGUAAUCAGCGACCGUCAAAUGCAUUUGAGUGAAUUAUGCUUCUGAGAGUUUUAUAGGAUUUUUACUGAUUUUUUUCAGGCUAUUACUGCUGUUUGAACAUGGUCCUCAUCGCAAUCUCCACUUUUAUAUCGCUGGUCGCGGUGAAUUUGCACUUCCGAUGUGAUUCUCAGAACCCACCUCCCGUCUGGUUAAGCAAGGUUAGUUUAUAGCAGUUUGACUUUGUUUCGAUUCGAAAUAACAGACUGAGAACCGCCUUAUUCCCAGCCUAUGUAUUAGUUGCCGCAGCGAUCGCUGGUACGGCUAAUUGCUCGACACCAGGAUCGGUUCUAAUGACAAAUAAAAGGUUGAGGCAAAGUAGCAGCAUACUGCCUCCAGUAAAAUGUUAUUCAUUAACAGCGCAAAUAAUGGCCAAAUAGGGAUUUCAGAUGCUUCAAGAGAGAAAAGUUACCGAAAUUGAAAAUUCAAUCCCCAAGUUUUGUUACUGUGACGUGUCUACUGAUUUGCUUUGAGCAGCCACGUUACAUUGGAUCAUGUCCAUAGAAGAGCAUGAAAAAAAAUUGAACUUGGGGUUAGGGCCUCAACGCCUGUUUUGUGGUUAAUAGCGAGUGACCUACAACCAUUUUCUGACCAAAUGUUUGCCUAGCGUAUCCUACUUGACGUUUUUUAAAAAAUAGGAAGUACUUAUUUGUCACAGGUUUAUUGAACUGCCGACGUUUCGGAGAGUUUGGUCGGCUCACCAUUGUUAAUGUUAACCGUACAAAAUCGAACGGAUAUUCAAGUGACUGAAUGAGCUCGUCGGCCUUGAGCUGAUCGAUUUUUUCUUUCUUCCGCGCCUGGGCCACCUGGCGGAUGUUUGACGGGCUUGGUAACUCCGAGCCUUAUGAGUCAUCGCCUCGGUGGCGGAUGAUUGGGCCUCUGAAGGGGGUCGUUCGAUCUGAUUGCUCUUUUUUCUCCGCCGUCGGGGAAGUCCAGCCUCGGGCCAUGUCCGCACGCCUUUCUUGGGUUCUGCGCGGUAGCCUUGUCCUGGUCUUUGUGCAUGUAAUUACGUGGAAGAUCAGGAUGUCUGUUAGUGGAUUUGGUGUCGGAACACCCCGCCUAAAGUGUUGCUCGCCCUGUCCCUGAACCGACCCUGUCCAAGAUGGUCGCUCCUUGAAGGUCAAAAGGAUCGCCAGUUUCUUCAGUGUGAGCUGUUAGUUGAGUUUGGAUCUAGCCUCCUAGUUACCGGUUUGGGCUCCUGUAGGCGGGUCUGCAAAUGUCCAGUCUCCAUCAUCAUAACUUGUUCUGUAGACAACUUCCGAGGUUUCUUUUACCAGCUAAUAUUUACUCAUUGUGGCGUUUUCGAGAGAGAUUUACCUUUUAAUUACUGGGCUCUUUUAUAAUGUGGCGAACUAUUAUAAAAUGGUCUUUUCGUUGUUUCGACAGCACCAAACACCACCCUUUCGGCUCCACCAAGAUGCUGUCUAAUCAGGUGUUGGUAACUUCUUGCGCUUAAGGAUCGAUUAACUGGGGCUUGAUCGGUCUGUCUGCGCCCGUUUCUGUUUUUCAUUUUCGAUUAUAUUCUGACUUAGUACAUAUCCACAUUUUUUAUUCUAGGGGACGCUUUGUCCUCAGACAGUUUCGCCUUAGUAGUACUGGGCGAUGCGUUUAAAAGUGCUUCGAAGGGCUGGGUACACACAAUAUGCGCUUCUUUAUCUCUCUGCCGUUAAAUUAACAGGCCUAGGUGUCGUGCUGCAAUGCGACUGUACCUAUACACUACCCUAAAACAUGCUCUAAUGAACGAAUACAUUAAUGCCGUUCAUGAACUUCCCAAGAUGUAACAUUAAAGUCAAACAGAAGACACCAGACAAAUCAAAGGGAAGUCGAGUUCAAGCAUGCGGCCUCAAAGAAUCGGAUAGAUGCCUAUUUGGCACUUUAUUCAGAGUCUGCGCUUAAAUUGCCCUUGGGAUCAUUUUACUUAGCGAGCUCACUGGCUUCUCGUCAACACAGAACAUACUACUUUUUCCGAUGUGUAGCGAAACUUACGCCCAAAGGCAGCACUGUAAACCAAACUGCCUAUAAAAAUUAAAGUUAAGAAGUCCCCUUACUGCUGGUCUGCACUUGUCCUGAGGGCAUAUUCCGCAGCUCUAUUGGAAAGUAAUUGACCCUCACUGUUAUGGAGAGUGCAAACGGCGUACAGCCACGGCCUAAGGGGCUGAACAGGGGACCAAGUCGGCGGCGUGAGACACGCGUGAAGUUGAACGGCCGACCGGCGUGCAAUACAGCGCCGAACACGUGUGGUGGCUUUGCUCACGCUUGCGGCCCAAUCAAUGGCUGGUCGAACAUUCCAGACGUUUCCGCGGGGGCUAUCGUGCACGCGAUGGCCAAUCAGCGAUCAGAAUGCCUGGGGCAGGAACAUUUUAGAACGCCCUCAGCGGCUGGCACCUCAUUGGACGGAAUGUUCCAGAGCACACAGGAUCCAAUAUAAAUAGCGCACCUUUCUUACGAGUUGUAACGCCCUCCUGUCCGCAAGUUACCACUAUAGUGCUUGUCCUCCGAACCGGCUAUCUUCCUGUCCUACCUUCCUUCCGGGUCAUAACACUCACCUACCGUGUGCUAAGCGGUGGCUACCAAAAAAAAACCAGUAACCGACAAAACUGACAAUGAAAUACAGGCAGGAGUGCUGAGGAGACUGGGAUGACCAUUUACGACUUACCAGCUGUCGUAGGUUAGGCACGCCCGGUCACUCAAAGACCUGGAAUGCGAACCCAAGUCCUUUGACCAUCAGACUCAUGAUAGUUCAACGUUCCACCCUCUUGCCACUGGACGACUUUCAUGUCGUUUGCGUCUGGGAAUAUGGGCUGCCGUAUCAUGGGCGUUCAGCGACCAGGGUACGGGACAGACUCGUCUCAUUGCGCUUCGGAACUCAGUCUAAAGCCCUCGCGGUCAGUCGCACAGCGAUUAGUAACUAUCGAGUUAAUAUCCUCCGGUUUCCACAGACGGGGCGACGGGCCUGUGGUUCAGUGAUAGUGUGUUGAACUCGUUGGAACCAUAUUCUGUCCUUUGGCUUCCUUACAUUCUUCCUUAUCCUGACCCUCGUUUAAAUUAUCUGGAGUCAGAAAGGACACACUUGUUUUCGGAAGAUGAACAGCUUAAGGGUAGACUGCGCAUGGUGAGAUUGCUUUACCUCAACCUAGUCUGUCUUCCUUUUCUGUUUACCACAAAUGUAAGUCUGUUGACCAUUUCACCCGGUACAGAACAUGGGAGACGGCAAACUGAAAGACAGAUUAGUAAAGGCCACAGAUAUAACGCUUAACGACCAAAAGAUCUGGGUGCGAAUGCAAGCUCGUUCAUACCUGGGGAUGGAGUACGGCUUACUGACGAAUAUUGAUGAGCCAGAAAUGGUCUCUAUUGACUUUGUCGGUACUCCUAUCUGCAUGCGGACCGGUCGAUGUUUGGCGAGGGGUCCAAAUUCAGCCCGGCCCGCAAUCCGAUCGGUGUGUGCCCAUUCACCUUUGUGAUUAUCGCAGGUUAUGCGUUUAGGUCACUAGCACAAACUCCGUUAAAGUCACCUCUGAUCCCAACGUGCUGACCACAGAUAUAUUUUCGUUUAAGCUCAACGUGGCUUGCGGUUAUGAAGGGUAAAGAUUUCUCUUUUGCUUUGGAAUUUCUAAGGCCCUCUCUUUCUAUUUUGCCUUCAACAGAUUGUCGACGUAGCUACCGGUCUCCUCGGUCUUAGGAUGGGCACAACUCGCGAUGCCGAUGAGAAACUCAGCGUCAACAAGUAUGAGCUGCGAGCUACAAAGAAGCUGGCUCAGAGUAUGCGACACUCUCAGUUCGUCGGUCGGGACUGUCCGCACUGCCGGUGGAACGCAGCUCCCAAGUGUUCCUGUUGCUGCUGCCUGGAUGCCCAACAGAAACAGACGGUUGGUCAGCGGCAGCAGCAGCAGCAUGUCUGUUGUUUCUCGGCGCCUCAAGCCCCCACCACCACCACAUGCCUCUGCCAGCAGCGGGAGCAGCUGCGUCCGAGGGAGAUAGCCUGCUGCUGCGUGGGCCACCAUCAUUGUGGCCAUGAGACGGUGACCUGCCCGGCAGCACAUCAUGCCUGCUUCAAGCCGGCACCUGUCCACCCCCUGAGCUGUGCUCACUGCGGCAGAUGCAGUCUCCACAAGCACUGCGGCAGGAGACCGGACACGCAGGAGUCCACAGUAGUCUGUCGUCAUAACUUGCAGAGUCAGGCUCAUCUGGGCGCCGGGGCUCACGGCCCGGAACACUUGGAAGCGCACUCGAUGGCCACAAACCCGACCAAAGUGGAGGAGACGCCAGAACGCAGCUCCACCACACAGUUGGCCUCCUCUUACAACGGUGUGGCCUCAGUGCAGACCUCAGCCCAGCAGAUGGAAGCCAAUUUGGCGGAAAUUAAGCGUGCCCUAAAGAAUGUCAUGACGAAGAUGGGAGAAAAGGACAAGAAGGCCAAGAGAGCCAAUGAGUGGGCCCUGUUGGCGCUCGCGGUAGACAGAUUCUGCUUCUGGGUCUACCUGGUAUUGAUAGUUGUUUCGGGACUGGGCAUGUUGAUUCCGACGUCAUUCUCCUAUGAAAAGGAGGAUAUAACGCAGAUGUUUGACAAAUUUAGAUCCAACGCAUAA